GCGGAGCCUUUGGGCAAUGGACACCCAAGUAGCCUCCAACUCCUGGUCACCACAAAAAGCACAGCAGGGAGCCACUUCAGAUGAGGGCCCUUGUGGAGCUGUGGCAGCAUUUCUUUGCCAGUGGACAGUGCACCACCAUGGAGUUGGGGCCUCUAGAAGGCGGGUACCUGGAACUUCUCAACAGCAAUGCUGACCCUUUGCAGCUCUACCACCUCUAUGACCGGAUGGAUCUGGCUGGAGAAGAAGAGAUAGAGCUCUUCUCAGAACCUGACACGGACACCAUCAACUGUGAACAGUUCAGCAGGCUGUUGUGUGACAUGGAAGGUGAUGAAGAGACCAGGGAAGCUUAUGCCAAUAUCGCGGAACUGGACCAGUACGUCUUCCAGGACUCCCAGCUGGAGGGCCUGAGCAAAGACAUUUUCAUCGAGCACAUAGGACUGGAAGAAAUGAUCAGCGAGAGUGUGGAGGUGCUGGAGGAAGCAGGGCAGAAAAGUCAGAAAAGACCCUUCCCAGAGGAGCUGCCUGCGGAUCUGAAGCACAGGAAGCUAGCCGAGCCCCUCACCAUGCCCGUGGUGACCGGCGCUUUCCUGGUGGGGACAGUGAGCGACUCCCCGGCUCAGCCCUGCCUGUCACCACCUGCUCUGUUCACCAAGGAGCCAGCAUCCAGCCAGAGCCGGCUGAAGGACACGGUGCCCCCUUCCGGUUCCUUAUUGAGCUGCCUGAGUCUCCCUGCUGGACCCAUCCAGAUCAUCCCCACUUUCUCCACUCUGCCCCAGGGGCUCUGGCAAAUCUCAGGGCCCGGGACAGGGGUCUCCAGUAUACUCAUCUACCAAGGUGAGAUGCCCCAGGCCAGUCAAACACCCACCUCCAGCACCCCAGCUGCCCACAGCCUCCCGAAGUCCCCAGACCGGCCCGGCUCCACCAGCCCCUUCGCCCCUUCUGCAGCUGACCUCCCGAGCAUGCCUGAACCAGCCCUGACCUCCCGGGCAAACCUGACAGAGGACGAGAUGUCCCCCACCCAAGGCCCGGCAGCGCGUGAGGUCUCCAGUAAGCUUCCCAAGUGGCCUGAGAGUGUGGAGCAAUUCUACCGCUCGCUACGGGACAAGUACCAGGCUAAGCCCGCAGGCCCGGAAGGCAUCCUGGUGGAGGUGGACCUGGUGAGGGUGAGGCUCGAGAGGAGCAGUGGCAAAAGCCAGGAGAGAGAGCUGGCCACCCUGGACUGGACGGAGCGGCAGCUGGCCCGAGGGAGUCUGGCCGAGGUGCUACUGGCCUCUAGCGACCACCGGCGGCCACGUGAGACGCAGGUGAUCGCCGUGCUGGGCAAAGCAGGACAGGGGAAGAGUCACUGGGCCCAGGCCGUGAGCUGGGCCUGGGCCUGCGGACAGCUGCCACAGUACGACUUUGUCUUCUGCAUCCCCUGCCACCACUUGGACCGCCCGGGGGACACCUACCGCCUGCAGGAUCUGCUCUUCUCCCUGGGUCCGCAGCCACUGCCGGUGGAUGACGAGGUCUUCAGUUACAUCUUGAGGAGGCCCGACCGCGUUCUGCUCAUCCUGGAUGCCUUCGAGGAGCUCGAAGCCCAAGACGGCUUCCUGCACAGCGUGGGCGGACCCGUGUCGGCAGAACCCCGCUCCCUCCGGGGGCUGCUGGCCGGCCUCUUCCAGCGCAAGCUGCUGCGGGGCUGCACCCUGCUGCUCACGGCCCGGCCCCGGGGCCGCCUGGCCCAGAGCCUGAGCAAGGCCGACGCCCUGUUCGAGCUGGCCGGCUUCUCCGUCCAGCAGGCCGAGACCUACGUGACGCGCUACUUCGAGUGCUCGGGGGCCACUGAGCACCAGCAGAGAGCCCUGGCGCUCCUGCAGGCCCGGCCGUUUCUCCAGAGUCACAGCCACAGCCCCACCGUGUGCCGGGCCGUGUGCCAGCUCUCGGAGGCCCUCGUGGAGCGGGGUGAGGAGGCCCAGCUGCCCUCCACGCUCACGGGCCUCUACGUUGGCCUGCUAGGCCCAGCAGCCCGCCACAGCCCCCCGGGGGCCCUGGUGGGACUGGCCAGGCUGGCCUGGGAGCUGGGCCGCGGUCACCAGAGCAGCCUGCGGGAGGACCAGUUCCCGUCGGCGGAGGCCAGGGCCUGGGCUGUGGCCCAAGGCUUGGUGCAGCCCACCCUGGGGGCCCCGGAGACGGAGCUGGCCUUCUCCAGCUUCCUUGUGCAGUGCUUCCUGGGGGCCAUGUGGCUGGCUCUGAGCAGCGAAAUCAAAGACAAGGAACUGCCGCAGUAUUUGGCAUUGACCCCGAGGAAGAAGAGGCCCUAUGACAACUGGCUGGAGGGGGUGCCGCGCUUUCUGGUCGGGCUGGUCUUCCAGCCUCGCGCCGGCUGCCUGGGAGCCCUGGCAGGGCUGGCAGCCUCCACCUCGGCGGACAGGAAGCAGAAGGUGCUCACCAGGUACCUGAAGCGGCUGCAGCCAGGGACGCUGCAGGCGGGGCGGCUGCUGGAGCUGCUGCACUGCGCCCAUGAGGCGCUGGAUGCUGGGCUUUGGCAGCACGUGCUGCAGGGACUGCCGGCCCACCUCUCCUUCCUGGGCACCCGGCUCACGCCUCCCGACACCCACGUGCUGGGCAGCACCUUGGAGGCGGCAGACCGAGACUUCUCCCUGGACCUCCGCAGCACUGGCAUUGACCCCUCUGGAUUGGGGAGCCUCGUGGGACUCAGCUGUGUCACCCAUUUCAGGGCUGCCUUGAGUGAUACAGUGGAGCUGUGGGAGUCCCUACAGCAGCGUGGGGAGGACAAGUUACUCCAGGCGGUGGAGGAGAAGUUCACCAUCGAGCCUUUCAAGGCCAAGUCCAUGAAGGAUGUGGAAGACCUGGGCAAACUCGUGCAGAUCCAGAGGAGAAGACGUUCCUCUGAAGACACAGCUGGGGAACUCCCUGCUGUCCGAGACUUAAAGCAGAUGGAGUUUGCGCUGGGGCCUGUCUUGGGCCCUCAGGCUUUUCCCAAACUGGUGAAGAUCCUUGAGGUCUUUUCUUCCCUUCAGCAUCUAGACCUGGACUCACUGAGUGAGAACAAGAUCGGGGACGAGGGUGUCGCCCAGCUCUCGGCCACCUUCCCUCAGCUGAAGGCCCUGGAGACGCUCAAUUUGUCCCAGAACAACAUUACCGACGUGGGUGCCUGCAAGCUGGCUGAGGCCCUGCCCUUGCUGGCUGGGUCGCUCCUUAGGCUGAGCUUGUACAAUAACUGCAUCUGUGAUGUGGGAGCCGAGAGCCUGGCGCAUGUGCUUCCGGACAUGGUGUCCCUCCGGGUGCUAGAUGUCAAGUACAACAAGUUCACAGCCGCUGGGGCCCAGCAGCUCACUGCCAGCCUGAGAAAGUGCCCUCACGUGGAGAGGCUAGAGAUGUGGACGCCCACCAUCCCAUUCGGUGUCCAGGAACACCUGCAGCAGCUGGACUCAAGGACCAUCCUGAGAUGAUCCAGGCUGUGCCUGGAACAAGCACGUUCUCUGAGGACACUGACCACGCUGGACGCUGACUGUUUAUUUGUGGACACAGCUCUUCUCGGGCUGUUUCCCGUGAGCCUUGGCAUCCUGGUGCCCAGCCCCGGUGGCUAAGGGUCGGCCCCUGCUCAGCUGCAGAAAGGACCCAUGGCCUGCUCUGCGGACAGACCUGGGCCCGGUCCCAGGCUCCUUCAGGGCCCAGGUUGAUGUCAGCUGUGCUCAGUCACUGUGGUCCUGGCAGACACACAGGCGCCUGGUGGCAGCAGCUGUGCACCCAAGAGCCCUGAGGCAUUCCCUGCAGGGAGCUUCAGACAGCGUGGCCAGGCCAGAGCAAGGGAUAAGGCGGCCACAUCCCCGCCUGCCCAGCUCCCUGCUGGCCUGGGGAGGAAACACUGCUCCACGCUGCUCUCCUAGCAGGGCCAGAUCUGGAGAUCCCAGCAAGCAUCCUCCAGCCUGCUGAUUUCCCGAACCACGGCCAGCUGGGAUUCUACGACAGCUGCCUUCUGUCUCUGGGACUCACUGGUUUGCACUAACUUUGUUUGCCGAGGCCAAAGCUGGGCCUGGCCAGACACCCUGGACCUUAGCAGGAAAAGAGCUGAUGGUACACUAACGGAGGAGGAGAGGGCCAAUGGACUGGAACCCCUCUGCCUUUUGGCCUCCAUUUCCAGUGUCUUUUUUUCACUACAUUAUAAAUGGGUCAUUUAAUCGCACGGGCGGGUCCUGUGUUUGAGUUUAUAUGGUAAUUACUAUUUUGGGUGCCCACUCUUCUGGCUAGCUAAUGUAUCACAAACCACCUGCAAAACGCAGAGGCUUAAAACAGCACACACAUUAAUUCUGCUCACACACCUGUCUUUUGGGCAGGGGUUGGCAGGGACAGCUCUGCCCCACUCAGUGUCAGAUGGGGUUGUCUGAAGGCUCAGUCACUCGUGUGUCUGGCACCUGAUGCUGGCCAGUGGCUGCGGGCCUCGGUUUCUCUAAGGAAGUCUCUCCAUGUGGGCAAGUUUGGGCUUCCUCACAGCAUGGUGGCUGAGUUGAAGGGUGAUCACCCCAAAAGGAAGAGCGGUGGCGGCAGGCAGGGGAGACUGAGACCAUGGGGAGAGGUCGUGUCCUUUUUAUAAUCCAGCCUUAGCUGUCACACAGCAUCACUUCUGCCACAUCCUAUGGCCAGUUGACGGGGGGCCUUGCUCUCCUCCCCUCCCCAAACCCCUCAGCCCAACACACACAGCAGAGUCCACUUUGGCUCAAGUCCUGUCUUUUGGGAAAGGAUUUCUUCUGUGGCUUCCUACCAUCCAUUGGAAAAUUCUUUACUUGGGGGUCAGCAAGGUGGAGGCACCGUGAGCCUUGCCGAGUGUUUUCCUCCAUCUCUGAUCCUCCGCUCUGUCCUGGGAGUCGUUCUUAGCCGAGCUGGAAUCUGGCCCUGGCCGUGGCAAGGCUGGAAGGGACUUGGCAGCUUGGCUGUCUACACAGAGAGCUGCCAGGUCGGCUACUGUUGUUUUUCACUGGGGCACAGUUGCUCGGCCAGAAGCCCCGAUCUGGGACAGCUUGGCUCUCUGCUGGUGGCUGUGAGAGCUGCCUGUGCUCCAGUGUGCCGGCCCUGAUGCCUGCUUCCCAGACUCUCUUUCUCUUCCCAGUAAGUGGGCGUGAGGGGUCGGGAGGGUCAGAGUGAUGCUGAUCCAGCUGCCUGGCCGGCAGUCUUCACAGGAAGGCGGUGCCUUCCGCCUUGGCCGGUGGCUAAGGGCAUCAGGCCUUGCAGCUGGGGCAUCACCCCGCAGGGAGUCCCUGCAUUUGUGGACUCUGGGCAGUCCAUGGGACUCCCACUUGUGCAGGAAGACACUCCCCUUCUGAUGCCGGCAUCUAGGGCACCGUUCAGCCAGGUGGGGUGGGCACGGCUGUCCCCACUGCUUUUGGUCUGUUCAGAGGUAACAACAUGAGGUCAGAGGCUGUGGGAUUCAUAGUAAUGACUUUAAGUGAUAGCUACCACGUAUUGAAUGAGUUGAUACGUGUAUAGCGUUUAUCACAGCUCAAGGGACAUCGUAAGUGCUCAAUAAGUAUUGUCAAUGAUUAUCAAUCCUUUGUGCCAAGCAUGAUGCUGAGCCCCUCCUUCUCAAGAGGGACCACGAUGUAGGGUCAGCAGCUCAGACUCUAGAGCUAGACCACUUGGGCCCAGUGUCCAGUCACCACUUACUUGUGCAUAUGACUUCUCCGUGCCUCAGUCUCCUCAUGUGUUAAAUGGGCAUAAUCACAGUACCUUCUUCGUGGGGUUCCGUGGAGGUUCAGUGAGCGAAUACGCUGAGAACAAGAGCCUCCCAUCCAGUUCCAUACAUGUGGGCAGUCAUUAUUAUAUACAUUCAUGUGUUUCAUUCUCACUUCUGCCUGGAAAGUUUUCCCAGCUCUUCACGUGACCUGAAGGACUCAGUGUAAAGUAAAGCACAGCUCCUCAGGACCGUACUAAACAUGGACACCCUCCAGCCCCAUCGCUAGUCUAUCUUUUUCACACUUAUUUGUUGUGUUGUCCACUCUUGUCCUAGGAUGUGAGCUCUAAGAGGGAAGGUAACUUGUCUGUUCAUUGCUUGCCCUUUGCACCCAGCACGGUGCCUGCACGUAGUA